AUGUGGGUUGCUGGACCGUCUAUGACACCCUAUCUGAAUGAAAACUACGAGCAGACACAAACCGAGAGUGAUGUUAUUCUUGUGAAUCUAUGGCCUUGGGGCACAUUAUGGCCGUGGAAUAGGACGAGGACGCUGGAGAGGGGGAUGAUCGUCACGUUUCGAUCGCCCGCAAACCCCGAGAAUGUAGCCAUCAAACGAGUCAUCGCCCUACCAGGAGACCGCGUCAUAACACGAGAACCCUGUCCACGACCAUCGCAGAUCGUCCCCUUCAAUCAUGUCUGGUUAGAAGGCGAUGCGGAUGAUCCACGCAAAUCUCUCGAUAGCAAUACAUAUGGUCCAGUAAGCAUCAAUCUAAUCACAGGGAGCGUGGUAGCGGUGCUGUAUCCGCGGAUGAGGCUUCUGAAAUGGUGGGAAUGGGAUCCGCCAGCUGAGACUCAAGCGGAUUCUGGUGCACAAAAGGAAAUGGGAGAAGAAUAUGGAAGUACCGUUAGGGAUAGGGUUGUGAAACAGGCGGUUAAGAUUGAAGUACCGGGUUUGGAUUAG